ACCCCACGGUGGGAAGCUAUAAAAAGCACAGGGGGCGGCGGUGAGAGAGCAGACCGAGAGAGGGAGGCCUGGCCAGCGCAGGGCCGCUGCCAGGGCAUCGCUGCCGGGUGCACCCCGGGGACAACGCUGUGGGGCGACCUUGCGCGCGCGCGUGGGGACCGCGGCUCGCUCAGACCUGCAGGGUCCGGUCUGGAGGCGGUUCCUGAUCCCCCAUUCUAGCGCCCGCUAACUUUGAAAAGGAGGACUUGUGUCCUGCAGAGGUUGAGAUAUAAAGGAUAGGGAAGGAACAGAGGAGAGAAAAGCGACUGAGGCCGGAGAAGAAGGAGCUCGUGUAGACUCCUGAGCAAUUCGGAGGAGGAGGCCUGGGCCGCGGAGACCCGGGCGGGACCGCGGAGGUGCGGGGCAAGGAGCCACGCAAGCGGUGCGGUCCGCGGGGCUGGGUCUUCUUGCACCUCGGGUCACGCCCUCUUGGCUGGAAGGCGCGUCGCUUUUGAUUGCUUCCAGUUCCUGAGAACUUCCUGCCCCAGUGGAGAAGCGGGUCUGGUUUGGGUCGCGCUCGCUCCAGGUCUGAGGCGUGAGACUGAGUUCACCCGGGGCUGGGCCCCCAAAGCCAAGUGGGGUUAGGGGAACAGAGUCUGCGAGCCCCCGAGCCCCAAGUGAGGGGCCCCGAGUUGGGGUCCUCCUUCCCCUUGCAUCCGCAUCUCUCCUCGCUCUGCGCCUCCCCGGGGACCUCUCGCCGGGAGAUGGCCGCGUUGAUGUGGGGCAAGGACUCGUCCCGCUGCCUGCUCCUUCUGGCCGCGGUGCUGAUGGCGGAGAGCUCACAGCUCGGCAGUUCGCGGGCCAAACUCAACUCCAUCAAGUCCUCUCUGGGCGGGGAGACGCCUGCACAGGCCGCCAAUCGAUCUGCGGGGACAUACCAAGGACUGGCUUUCGGCGGCAGUAAGAAGGGCAAAAACCUGGGGCAGGCCUACCCCUGCAGCAGCGAUAAGGAAUGUGAAGUUGGGAGAUACUGCCACAGUCCCCACCAGGGAUCGUCGGCCUGCAUGGCGUGUCGACGGAAGAAGAAGCGUUGCCACAGAGAUGGCAUGUGCUGUCCUGGCACCCGCUGCAAUAACGGCAUCUGUAUCCCCGUCACCGAGAGCAUCUUAACCCCUCAUAUCCCGGCUUUGGACGGCACUCGGCACAGAGAUCGAAACCAUGGUCACUACUCAAACCACGACUUGGGAUGGCAGAACCUAGGAAGACCACACGCUAAGAUGUCCCAUAUGAAAGGGCAUGAAGGAGACCCCUGCCUGCGCUCUUCAGACUGCAUUGAAGGCUUUUGCUGUGCUCGUCACUUCUGGACCAAAAUCUGCAAACCGGUGCUCCAUCAGGGGGAAGUCUGCACCAAACAGCGCAAGAAGGGUUCUCAUGGGCUGGAAAUUUUCCAGCGGUGUGACUGUGCGAAAGGCCUGUCCUGUAAAGUGUGGAAAGAUGCCACCUACUCCUCCAAAGCCAGACUCCACGUGUGUCAGAAAAUAUGAUCACCUCUGAGGAGAAACGUCAUUAGCAGACCGUGAAUUUGUGUAUUUAAUGCAUUAUCGCACGGUGGAAAAGAGGAUUUGGAUCUCAGAAGAAUGGCUAAAAUAAGGAAUGUGAUGAGAAUAUAGAUCACAGAAGGAGAGAAAGACAGAGAACUGAGCGGAUGAGAAAGGGUGACAAACAUAGUACAGCCAGUGUGUUUCCAUGAUGCAGCUUGUUUAUGUAAAUAAUGUACACAUUUGUGAAAAUGCUGUUACUGAAGAAAAAGCACACCGUGAAAAUUACUGACAGACACGUGUGACUUUCCAAGAGUUUAGGUUGUGCUGGAGGAUCGGUUUCCUUCAGAUUGGUGAUUGCCUGUAAAAAUAACCUAAAAGUCAUAUUUCCAUUCAAAGUUACAGUUUAACAAAAUACUCCCAGUAUAUCUUGGCUCUAAAACGUGAGAAGAGUCGUUCAGUAGGAAAUGAAAGCAUGGAGUGUAGUUAAUUGGCAACACAGAAUCACCUUUUAACUUGGAACACUGCGUCUACUGCUCAAAGGCCUUGGGAGACAAGAAAAAAAGGAGUCAGUAUUUUCCAAAUAUUUUCAAAAUAAUGGCAGGGCUUUUCUCAAGGCCUU